AUGAAUUUGGAUCAGUUACGAAGUUGGGCCGAAGAUCUGCGAUUGUCAAGUGGUUCUAGUGAUGGUCAAGAUGAUAUUUUCAUAAAACAAGAAGAUGAACAUGUGGAAGAAAGUGAAGACAAUAUAGACGUUGAUGUUACAAAUGAAUUUUUCACUAACAUGGUAUUCAAAUCGCGUCAAUCCUUAAUUGAUUGGGUUCAAGACACUGGACGUAAUUUGGGAUUUAUCAUUAUCAUUAAAAGGUCAGAGAUUGGUAGAUUCGGAAAGAGGCCCAAAUUGCAGUUACAUUGUGAUCGCGGUGGCACAUACAAAAAUAAGACGUUGUCGACAAAAUUUACUGGCACCAAAAAAAUAGAUUGUCCUUUCAGACUGAAAGGAGUAAAAUUGAAAACAGAUGACAAUUGGAUGUUAAGGGUGCCAUGUGGAAAGCAUAGCCAUGCCGCGACAUUAUUUAUGGAGGGACACCCGUAUGUCGGUCGAUUAUCUGCUGUUAAAAAUGAGAUACUAGUAGAUAUGUCAAAGAAUUUCGUGAAGACCCGAAAUAUGUUGAAUUCGUUGAAGAACCAUGAUCCCUACAAUGCAUCCACAAUUGAUGUUAUAUACAAUGCACGCAAGAAGAUUCGGGCGGCAGAGAAAGCUGAUAGAUCUGAAAUACAGAUUCUCAUGAGCUUCCUAUACGAGUCUGGGUACAUUUUCUAUCAUCGUACCAAUGCUUUAACUAAUGAGCUCGAAGAUUUGUUCUUUGCAUAUCCAGGCUCGUUGGAAUUAUUGCGUGCAUUCCCGCAUGUGUUAUUGAUGGAUGCAACGUACAAGACAAACCGGUUUAAGAUGCCUCUCCUCGAGAUUGUUGGUGUGACUUCCACAAAUAUGACAUAUUGCAUAGCGUUCGUGUACUUGAACUCAGAAAAAGAGGAGAACUACAUGUGGGCUUUAAGGUGUUUACAGUCAACAAUGGAAGAGUGCACUGCUCCGAGAGUUAUUGUCACGGACAGGGAGUUGGCGCUUAUAAACUCAUGUGCAGUGGUAAUUUUACAAAACCAUCCAGCUAUGGUUAAUUACAUCGAAACUGUAUGGUUGACACCAUAUAAGGAAAUGUUUGUAUCUGCUUGGACCGAUAGCUAUUUGCAUUUCGGGAACCAGACUACUAACAGAGUGGAGAGUCAGCAUGCCAAGUUGAAACGCUAUUUGGGUUCAACACAGUCGAACUUGAAGUCUUCGGUAUCAUUCAUUCAUGAGCUCAUUCAAAAUCAAAUUUCAUCGAUUAAAGCCAGUCUGGAGAAAAGUAGAAACAUCAUACAAUAUCGAUUCAGAACCCAGCACUUUCAAGAAUUAUGGGGUUUUGUUUCCAUCUAUGCAUUGGAUCUGAUUUCGAGUGAAUUUGAGCGGUAUGAAGUUGUUGGACAAGAUUCAUAUGCCUGCGGAUGCAAGUAUAGAAAAUGCUACGGUCUACCAUGUGCCCACGAGAUUGCAAUACAUGUGAAUGAUGAUCGACCUAUACUACUUGCUUCCAUUGAUGCAUAUUGGAGGAAACUUGACUUGUCACCAUGUGUUUCUCUACUCAAUGAUGACAUUGAUUGUGCCGUCAAGGUACAAAUGUUCACAGAACAAUUUAAGAAGCAGUUCAGACAGGGUAAAUUCAGUCUACUAAGGAAGCUGAGGGAGAUAAUCAAAUCGUCUACAACUUCUGUUCAAGAACCAACUGUUAAGACAAAUACUUGUGGACGCCCACCAACGAAAAACAUGGUGGUGAAUACCAAGCAAAAGACAGUUAUUCAUGAUCAAGAACCAAAUAGACACAGUUAUUCAUACGAACGCCCCAUCUUAAAGCAAAAAGGCAGUUAUUCAAGAUAA